CAAAAUGUUGGAUUUAGCACACUUUACAGGUAAUCAAUUCAUUAUUUUCCAUUUCAUUGUGAUAAGUAACAUGAGUGCCGGAUACAAAGUAUAAUAUUGUUUGAUUUAGGCAAUUAAUUAUUUUAUCAGAAGAAUCUAAAGCUGUUUGUAUUGGUGAGUAUAGAUGUGAGCAAAUGUAUCUCUGAAUUAACAAGUUAAGGAAUUAUCAAUUUAGGUUGUUUGAUGUUUAUGAUUUCAUGAUUUUAAUAUAUAUUUAAGCUACAGAAGGAGCAUUUGCUCCUCUUCUUCAAACAUUGACAGCACAUCUUUACCAACUCCCAGGACCAUGGAAAACUCAACUCACUACGAGAUCUUUAGGCUUGCUGCAUACGGUGAUAUCGGACAAUUGAAGUAUUUCUACUUUGCUGUAGUAACUGUAAUAUAUUUUGUCAUCAUUCUUGCCAAUGCUUUGGUUAUUGGAGUUAUCUGCAUUGAAAGAAGCCUUCAUGAACCCAUGUAUCUGUUUCUAUGCGCUUUGUUUGUUAAUCAGUUGUAUGGGAGCACUGGUUUGUUUCCUGCUCUCAUGUUUUACUUACUCUCUGACACACAUGAUAUUUCCCUUCUUUAUUGUUAUCUCCAGAUUUAUGUGUUGUACACAUAUGCUAUAACAGAAUUUUGUAAUUUAGCAGUUAUUUCCUAUGACAGGUACAUUUCUAUUUGUUAUCCUCUACAGUAUAACAAUAUUAUGACACCUAAAGUAAUUUGUGGCUUAAUUCUACUGCCCUGGGUGUAUUCUUUUUUCAUCAACGCCAUCAUUAUCUCCCUGAGUUUGCGACUGCAAUUUUGUGGUAACGUUCUAGACAGAGUGUAUUGUGACAACUACUCGGUAGUCAAGCUUGCCUGUUCAAAUACUAUGCUGAAUAACAUAUGGGGUUUUGUUGUCACUGUGCUAUCUUUUUCCUGUACUAUAUUUCCUACCAUAUACUCAUAUGUAAGAAUUCUACAAAUAUGUUUAAAGUCUUCUAAAGAGACGAAACAGAAAGCAUUUAACACCUGUACACCACAUAUAGCCUCUUUGCUGAACUUCUCCUUUGGCUGUUUAUUUGUGAUUCUACAAGGCAGAUAUGAUACUGCUCAUCUUCCAGCUAUACUUCGCACUAUUUUAUUAGUUUAUUUUCUGAUAUGUCCACCACUUUUCAAUCCUUUAAUGUAUGGUGUUAGGAUGGUUAAAAUCAGGCAUGCUUGUAAAAAGGUACUAGGACUUUACCCUAAAACAUAAACUGAUUAUUUUUGUAUUAUUGAAUUGUGUUUUGUUACUUAUAGUUGCUAUAAUUGACUGUACAAAUAUGUAUAAUUUUGGCAUAAUUUCUCUGUAGACCAAAUAAUAUUGUAAAGCAUCAAGUUUAUCAUGUACUAUAACUGAGAAUGUUUUGUGUCAUAUUAGCUAGUUAACUGCAUAACUACAAAGCAUCAAGGGGAGCUGCCCUCCUUACCUUCAGGUUGUGCUUAAACAUAUGCUAACAAGGAUCUUUGGGAAGAACCUACAACCCAACCCGUUCUGCCGCCUCUGGUCUCUUGGCCCACCGUUACAUAUACAUUUCUGCAAUGUAUAUGUAACAUGUCCUCAUGUUAUUCUAGCAGUGAUGGCUUAUGACAGGUAUGUCUCCAUUUGUAAGCUAUUUUAAUAUCAGAACAUUAUGAACCUUUCUAAAGUGAAGAUGUUGUCAGCCUUGGUAUAUUUUAUUCCCAUUACUCUUUUCAAAUGUUUAUCACUUCAAGGCUCCCUCUGUGCAGGAAAAACAUCUAUGUUUUUUUUGUGGUGACUAAGCAGUUGUUAAACUCUCCUGUGUUGAAAGUGCACUGAGCAGCCUGUAUGGUACUAUAUAUGUACCAUAUCAAGUCUAGUGGUUUUACCUUUUGUGUUAGUUGUGCUCUCAUAUGUCAAAAUAUUACUUGAUUGAUUGAAAGCCUCAAAGGAGUCAUGAAAGAAGGCUUUUAGUACGUGUGCUCCCCACUUGAUCACUUUCAUCAACUUCUCUGCAAGCCAUCCUUUUUUGUUGUUGUUUACAACAGGCACAGAGGUUCAUCUAUUAAUAUCAGUACAGUUCAUUCUUUUCCCACAACUGGUACACCCUAUCAUAUAUGGUAGUAGGACCAAGAAGAUCAGGACAUGUAUUACAAAAAUUAGAAGAAGAAUCUUUCCGAACUUUCUUGAUUUUUCUCAUAAAAAAUCUGAACCUAAACUGGUACCAAUUAUAACUUUAGAUAUUACAGAAGCAGGCCAUGGUUGAUGGUUUGAAUCCCAGGUCUGACAGGAUCAUCUGC